GACUCGUCAGGGAGUGCCGUUGGGAAGGUAACAGAGACACUCCCGUCCACAGGCAACUCAACUGAAUGUGUCAACUCAAUAACAACUUCUACCGUUCAAUUUCAAGACCUGUAGCGUCAUAACUCCGAUAUGAGAUUGCUGGUGGUAAUACUCGUGAUAUUUCUAGUGAACCAGUGCCAAGGGGGACUGUUUUCAUGGCUGUUCAAGAAGAAGAAAGACGAGGAGAGGCAGGACAAGGCAGCGGCAGCGCCCAACUCAAAUGGACACUUGGAAAAUCCAGCAGAAGCUAAAGAAGUUGCUACAACUGCCAAAAUUCCAUUUGAGAUCAAGUCUUCAGAUGAGAAGUUUUUGAAGGAGGCCACAGAGCUUGGCACCAUCAAACUGUCAGAGUUGGAUGUGUGCCACCAUAAGGUUGUCCUUGCUCUUGAGAAGUCUUGUGGAGAGCUGAAUGAAGAGGAUCUGUCCAAAGUGGCUGUGAAUCUUUUGAACUGUCAGUCUGCAAUUGAAGAUCGAGCAGUGUUUCCCUGUACAAGUGAUAUGUCUCUUUCUGAAUGCACCAGAAACAUGGAUUCCAACACGUGGAAUGCUUACCACAUCGUGUCUAACCGUGCCCGAGCUGUGUGUUACGCAUCCCGGCAGGAACAGUUUGGAGCCAAGACUCAGAUGGCUGUGAAUGUUUUGAUGCAGACUGCUGAGGAACAGAUAAAGUCCAUGAGUGAUUUACAGGAGGGUCAGAUGGCACUGGGGAAAGCUACGUCUGACACCCUUGACAGCCUCAGCCAGGGUCAUGAGCAUCUGAAGCACCAGCAGCAGCAGCUCUCCACAGCACACCAGCAUGUCCACAGCUACAUUUCACUCAAUCUGAGAGAGCUGUCAAGAGAGAAGAAGCUGAUUGCAUCUGGACAGAAGGAACUUGCUCUUAUAACAGAGUCAAUCAAACGGAAAAUUGAGGAAGCAAAGCAACAACUAAUGAGCCAAGAAGACAAGCAGAGAGCCAGCCAUGAUGUGAUUCUCCAGGAUCUCUCAAGGAUACAGGACAAUGCACUCAAGAUCUGGCAAAAGCUUAAUGCCAGCACACAAAACAUCCUGCUCGCCCAUGAAGAGACAGUGCAGCAGUACAGCCGCCUGAGUGACGACGUGCAGCGGAUGAAUGCCACAGUGCACCACCUCAUGGACAUGCUGCAGUCCACCAGGCAGGGGGUGGAGGACCAGCUGUCGUGGAUCACCUCCCUGGUUGGUGGCACGGACAACACUGUGCAGAAGGUGUACACUUGUGUCCUCCACUCUGGCUAUUUCUUGGUGGCAAUGAUCUCGGCGACUUUCCUACAGGUGCCAUACUUAACCCGCGUGGCCCUGGUGGUUCUGGUGCCACUCAAUGCUUUCUCAGAGAUCAAGCAUGAAACAAGUCUGCAGUUCUCCACACUCACCACCGUCUUGGCUCUGUGUAUCAUUGUGAAUCUGACAUUGUCCUGCUUGUGGAGUCUGUAUAAGCAUCACAAGAAGUCUAAGUGUGAGGAGAAGUCCUUCCUUCACCUAACUGGAAGUGUUCUGGAGAGGACACAGGAACUGGAUCAACACUCAUCACUACAAUAUGGCAAUAACAGAUCUGCCAGCACCUCCUCCUCCUCCCCAUCUUCAUCAUUACUAAAAAAUUGUGAUUUCUCCAGUGAUGAAGAGGAAGAGGAACAUUCUCCUGUUGCACCAUCAAGCAUCUCCUUCCUGAGAAGAAGCACGUUAAGUGGAGGUAAAGUAAAUACAUUGGAAACACAUAAGGAAGCUGACUGCUUAGUACAAGACUCAGACCCAGAAUCAGAACACAUCACACCAGAGAAGAAUGGAGAGCUAGAUACAACGGCAAAGACCUUGUCCAAUGUUCGCUGUCGUCUGCUUGACCACAUUGAUACUUAUCAGCCCAAGAUGUUUCACCACAACUUAUCAGUCGACAAGGGAAACACAGCCUCAAGUAGUCCCUUGAAAGAAACUGUACUGAAUAGAAGUAUUGUGUCAUCAAAAAGUCUCACACCACGGAAACUUUGUGCUUCUGUUUGUAAAAAUGGACAGUUGUGUCGUAACAUGGUCACAGGAGGAAGUGUGUAUUGCCACAGGCAUGGUGGAAGCUCCCGUGAGAGCACCCCGAUGUCCAGGGGGACCUCUCGGAGAAACACUCCUCUCCGUAGUUGAAGGUAGUUAUGAAGUCAAAAGUUGGUGCUAUUAGUGAAGCAACUUGUGUAUUUUAGUGAUAUUAAAUAUAAGUUGAUAUGUAUUAUAUACAAGGAAAUGUAUAAUAUGUAUCCUUUUUAACAUUACUUAAUAAGCUCCUUUUUUCUUCUACUGUCUCUCCAGUCUCUAUUGUAUUUAUGCCUUUUUGGGGAAAGGGAAAGCAACUGCAUUUGCUUCCUGGCAUUUUGUUAGAUAGCAAAUUGACAAGCAAAGUUAUAUAUGUACACUUCAUGAUGUAAAAUGCUGUGUUUCUUGAUUGUGAAGUCUUGACAUGAUUGAAGUUCUUACAUCCAUUUAUUGUCCACCAUUGAUCUCAAAUUGGUUGACUUUACAGUGUAAGGUGUGAAUUCCUUUCCUGGCUUCCUCCCUCCAAGGAAAGUGUCAGACUGGCUUGCUUCUGUCCUGUUGGGUGCCUCUUAAUGUAAUGGGGAGAGGAAGUUCCUUUGGACAGUUUGGGAUUUACAAAGCUCUUGGGACAUUCCAUAUGAUUGAUAUUUAAUACUUUUAUAUUUAGAAAAUAUGUAUACUAGAGAUAAGUCAUCCAAGUUUUAUUUAUAUACAGUAAAAGAUCAAUAAAGGUCAAUCAGUGCUUUAA